UAUUGACAGGAAACAUAGUAACGGAUCUUUCGUGUAGCUAAUAUAUAACUUCAAGAACGCAGAGCACGCCUUCCUGGAUAGGUGGUCGGUCCGAGAAACCCCACACACCACCGGUACUUGCCGGGGGAAACCAGAAGACAGAUUACAGUUCAGCGCGGCAGCACCAGCGUUCACACAUGGCACUGAGCAACGGACACACCAAGCAGCCGGAGCCGGGCGGGGCGGCGGAGAACGGCUUGUCGCCGCGGGAGAGCACGGUGGUCAUCCUCGACGCCGGCGCCCAGUACGGGAAGGUGAUCGACCGCCGCGUGCGCGAGCUGUUCGUGCGGUCGGAGGUCCUCCCCCUGGACACGCCCGCGUUCGCCAUCCAGGAGCAGGGCUUCAGGGCCAUCAUCAUCUCGGGGGGGCCGUGCUCUGUGUACGCAGAAGAUGCCCCGUCUUUCGACCCCGCCAUUUUCACCAUGGGCAAACCCAUUUUGGGAAUCUGCUACGGGAUGCAGAUGAUGAAUAAAGUUUUCGGAGGAACUGUUCACAAGAAGAGCGUGAGAGAAGACGGGGUGUUCAAAAUCGAACUGGACACUUCCUGUUCCCUGUUUCGGGGUCUGCAGAAGGAGGAGCUUGUCCUGCUGACUCACGGUGACAGUGUGGACAAGAUGGCUGACGGGUUCAAGGCGGUGGCCCAAUCCGGGAGCAUCAUCGCAGGGAUCGCUAAUGAGCAGAAGAAGCUGUACGGGACGCAGUUCCAUCCGGAGGUGGACCUGACGGAGCGGGGCACGGACAUGCUGAGGAACUUCCUGUUCGACGUGGCGGGCUGCCCCAGCGACUUCACCAUGCUGAGCCGCCAGGAGCUCUGCAUCCGCGAAAUCCGGGAAAAGGUGGACAAGUCCAAAGUGCUGGUGCUGCUGAGUGGUGGGGUGGACUCCACUGUGUGCACCGCCCUGUUGAACAAGGCGCUCAGUGAGGAGCAGGUCAUGGCCGUUCACAUCGAUAACGGCUUCAUGAGGAAGGGCGAGAGUCAGAGUGUGGAGGAGGCGCUGACCAAGCUGGGCAUCAAACUGCAGGUGGUGAAGGCGGCGCACACCUUCUACAACGGCACGACCACGCUGCCCAUCUCGGAGGAGGACACCACGCCCAGGAAACGCAUCAGCAAGACGCUCAACACCACCACCAACCCCGAGGAGAAGAGGAAGAUCAUCGGGGACACCUUCGUCAAGGUGGCGAAUGAGGUGAUUGAGGAGAUGGAUCUGAAGCCGGAGGAGGUGUACCUGGCGCAGGGCACUCUGAGACCCGACCUGAUCGAGAGCGCCUCCCACAUCGCCAGCGGCAACGCCCAGGUCAUAAAGACGCACCACAACGACACCGAGCUGGUGCGCAGUCUGCGGGACCAGGGGAGAGUAAUCGAGCCGCUGAGAGACUUCCAUAAGGAUGAGGUGCGUGCCCUGGGCCGGGAGCUGGGUCUGCCGGAGGAGAUCGUCAAUCGACACCCCUUCCCUGGUCCCGGCCUGGCCAUCCGGGUGCUCUGCACGGACCAGCCCUACAUCUGCAAGGACUUCGCCGAGACCAACAACACGCUGAAGAUCAUCGCCGACUUCGCCUGCAGCGUCAGAAAACCCCACGCCCUGCUGCAGAGGGUGAAGUCCUGCCUGUCGGAGGAAGAGGAGGAGACUCUUCUUCAGAUCACCAGCCUGCACUCUCUCUCCGCCUUCCUGCUGCCAAUCAAAACCGUGGGCGUGCAGGGCGACUGCCGCUCCUACAGCUACGUGUGCGGGCUGUCCAGUCAGGAGGGCCCGCGCUGGGAGUCCCUCCUCUUCCUCGCCGGGCUCAUCCCCCGCAUGUGCCACUCCGUCAACAGGGUGGUGUACGUGUUCGGUCCGCAGGUGAAGGAGCCGCCCGCGGACAUCACGCCCACCUUCCUGACCACGGGGGUCUUGAGCACGCUCAGGCAGGCUGACUUCGUGGCCAACUCUGUCCUGAGAGAGUCGGGGCACUCUGGGAAGGUGAGUCAGAUGCCGGUCAUCCUGACCCCGCUGCACUUCGACCGCGACCCCUUGCUGAAGCAGCCCUCCUGUCAGCGGUCCGUGGUCCUCCGCACCUUCAUCACCAGCGACUUCAUGACCGGCGUUCCAGCUACGCCUGGCAACCACAUCCCGGAGGAGGUGGUGAUGAAGAUGGUGGCGGAGAUCCGGAAGGUACCGGGGAUCUCUCGCGUGAUGUACGACCUGACGUCCAAACCGCCGGGGACCACAGAGUGGGAGUAAGGGGCCGGGGGGAGGUCGGGCGUGGGGUUUGGGAGAGGCAGUCUUAAACGCUCUCUUUCCCCCCUUCGCCCCUCUCACACCCCCCUCCCCCCCCUUCCCUUUACUGCCCCUGAAGAUGUCAUUCCUAAUAUCCACAGGUGGUACUGCGACUCACCUCUGACCUCCAGCUGCUAACUUCAGCCGCCAUUUUAUUGCGGGCGGCCAUUUUGAUAUAUAUACUUAUUUUUGCCUUUUUGGUGGCCGUACGCUCAAGACGAUUGGCCACUGCUGCACUCACUGUGAGGUCGGAGGUCAUAGUUCAUAGUUGAUGUCAGGGGUGCAGAGCAUCCACGUGCACACAAACCAGUACCACAAAAACAGAGCUUUUUCUCCAAAUAACCGAAACCGCUCAGACAUAGCGCCGUUUUCUAUCUUGUACUCAACAGCCUGCCUGGUUUCCACCAUAUCUCUCAUGGAGCUUGUAGGACCAGACAUACCUGGCUCUCACCUUGUCUGGAAACCGAUUCCAUGCCGACAAUAGCUACAAUUUCAGACGGUGAAUUGACAGAUCUGAGUAAAGCGGGCUUUUAAAAUAAUUUCUCUUUGCAUUAUUGUUUUUUGCCAAAUUUUCACGCUCAUGCUGUCUCUUGGUGUGUAAUUUUGGGGGAAAGUCGAUGUCACAACCCCAUUCGUGUCGUAGAAGGUGCUGAUUGAAGUUGUGGGAAAGGUCUUGGGCUCUGGAUGUCCCAGAAGCACGGUGUACCCAGGAUUGAGAGAGCUGGCUUGAAAGGGGCUAUGGUUCAGUGUGGGUGGGGGUUUGAGUUUUUUGGGGGGUUUGGAGCGUUCCUUUGUGGGAGCUCUAGGUCUGUGUUAUACCCCCCCCCUCCAUAACACAGUGCAGCCUCUGUGGUGUGUCUCUCCGAUUGUCUUCACUGCAAAAUAAGUCUGUUGCAACAAGUAUUUUGGUCUUAUUUAGACUUAAAAUUGUUUCUAUUACUUUUUUUUUCUAGGAAAGAAAAAAAUAUUGCCAAUGAGGUGAGAGUUUUACUCAUUUCCAGAUUCGCCAAAGGGGUUAAAAAAAAAAUGUCACGUUUUGUCAAGCAAAUCGUAACUUAAAGCAAACAACUAUUUUCUACUUGAGAGGACAAGAUAAGAUUUUCAGUCUCGUUGUAAGGCUUAAAACACUAGUUAAGACGGACUUAUUUUUUCCGGUGUUUAAAAGGUCUUUCUAUAGUUUUUUCCACUUUCUAUGCGCUCACACAAUAUUAUCGCUAUUCAACAUUCUAACCAAAGACUUAACAAAAAGUUUUUUUUUAUUUUUAAUUUUCCAUAUCAGCGGUGAUAUUUUUCACACGCGGAGGUGGUGUGGACAUUAAGGACUAACGAACAGUGCCGCAAAGGCAUUUAAAAUUAAUUUCUGUGUUUAAGAUCGAACCGCGGCAUUUGAACGAUCCUGCGGUUAGACCGAGGACGUGGUAAAAUUGCUCAAAUAAAAUAAUGCUGUAGCCAGUCUCAGUGCGAAUGCUGAAGUCUGGUUCUUGCUGUACUCUCGACUGUUGCAAGCUUUUGCGCCUAGAUUUGUGACUGGAUUUCCUCAUGACCAGGUGAAGCUCAGUUGGACUGCUCUCAUGCACUGGUGCUGUACAACUCAUUCACUUGAUAACACUUAAUUUGAUGGCUCCUACAUAAGCUAUGUAACUACUUCAUAAGCACUACAGGGCACAUUCAUAAGCACUAUGUAAGCAUUAAUCUGCGCUUAUGUCGAUUAACCGCUUUUGUCAGUUCUUGCCGUAAGUGCAUAUGAAAGCUUUAUGUAGUGCUUAUGUGCUAUGCAGUGCUUAUGAAGGGGUUAUAUAGGAGCCUUCAAGUAAAGUCUUACACUGUUUAUUUUUUAUUUUUUAUUGUGUCUGUGCUUCUUCAUACUGUCGAACAUUAAACGAUGUCUGAGUCUUAAUAGUAUAAUGUGUUCUGUAAUAUUUCUCCCUCUGUAAACUCACGACUUUCUCCUGUAACCGGGGCCAUCGUCUCGAUUAGCGACUUUUUUGGGAGAUUGGUUCCAUUGCCCUGUUAAGUUUUUAUUUUAAUUAAUCCAAUGAAAUCUUUUGGUUUCAUAUAGAUUCCCCCCCCUCUGUAAUGUGCCUCAGUCUUAAUGCAUGCUUUUUCAAAUUGGAGAUUUGUAUAAUGGUGAAUGGUUUGUAAUAAAAGCUGAAUGAAAAGUAA